AUGCAAUGCUUCCGAUUAAUCUUGUUGCACGAUUUCGAGGCCGCAAAGGUGUUACACAGAACGUGCUUGCAGCUUGCACCCCAGACAAAUUGUUCACAUAUGUCUUAGCAGGUUGGGAGGGGUCUGCAAAUGAUUUUAGGAUUCUCCAAGAUGCAUUAUCUAGACCACAGCCACAUGGAUUGAAAGUCUAUGAUGGCAAAUACUAUCUGUGUGAUGCUGGGUACCCUACCAUGCCAGGUUUCAUAUCUCCAUACCGUGGUGUUCGAUAUCAUUUGAAAGAACAUUCGGGUAAAACACCUAAGAAUAGAAGGGAAUUAUUCAAUUUAAGACAUUCUUCUUUGCGGUCUAAGAUUGAAUCUGCAUUUGGCACAUUGAAGAAUCGUUUUAAGAUUUUGUGUGCUAAGCCGCAUUAUCCAUUUCCUACACAAGUAGAUAUCGUAUUGGCAUGCACGAUACUUCAUAAUUUCAUCGCAACUGUUGACCCAAUCGAUGAACUACUCAGCGAGUCCGAAAUUGAUGAAGAUAUUGAUGGUGAGGUGACAAAUGAGAAUGAUAAUAAUUUAGUUGAUUUUACUCAGACUCAAACUCAAAGAGAACAAACUGAAUCAAGAAAUGAGUGGAAGACCCUUAGAGAUAACAUUGCUUGGGCGAUGUGGGUGGAGUAUUGUGAUAAGUAUAAUCAUGGUGUAACUACUGAGACUUAA